AUGGUUCAUAAAGUUCCUUCUCCAUAUGAUUCUACUCGGUCCCUCACCUGCAGAUGGACUCUUGAAUCAGCAGGGCAGUUAGAACCUAGAAGAAGUGCAUUAGAAGAUGACUUUGAAGAGGAAGAAGAAAAAGAAGAAGAGGACCAAGCUACGGCUGCACUUGAAAAUGGGGCGCAUGAAAAGGAUUCCUAUCGUGGAAGGAGUCCUGGAAGGGAAAGAGAUAGGGACAGGAGGCGUGAUAGUCAUAGGCAAUACAGGGACCGGGAUUAUGACCGUGAUCGGGAUUAUGAUCGUGAUCGGGACUACGAUCGUGACCGUGGUAGAGGAAGAGAUAAAGAUAGAGAGAGAGACCGGCAUCAUCGUGAUCGCUUGAGGGAUGAGGAGUAUGGUCGUGAUGGUAGGGAUCACCACCACAGGCGGGACCGUGAAAGGGAGAGAGAGAGGGAGAGACGGCGAAGCCGAAGUAGGAGUAGAGAUCACAAAGAGAGGGACCGGGAUGGAGCUGGGGACCAUCGGAAGAGGCACCGAAGCCCUAGUCCCCCACAAGAGAAAGAGCGCAAAAAGAAGGAAAAGGAGAAGAAGAAGGAUGAUGGUACAGACCAUCCAGACCCAGAGAUUGCUGAAGCUAACCGCCUUCGAGCUUCACUGGGUCUGAAACCUCUAAAAAUGUGAUGAAGCCCAAAAAGAAAGGAAAAACCAAUAGAAGUUUGAGGAUAUCGUUCUAGUAUACUCACUUUGUAACAUGUUUUUUGCUGGGGUCUCCACUCUCACUAAUGUGCCAUUGGUAUGAUUUGAUGCUGGCCUUCUGGUCUUUUAAGAUUUUGAGGCACUGAUGCGCGCUUUUUGGUUCUAAGUUCCAAAUGGUCCUGAGCGUGAAAGGUAUGCGCCUGCAGGAGCAUUACUGUACAACAGCUCCCCUCAGGCGGAAGAGUAACUUAUGAGAAAUUUUUUGAUAUGAAACUUUUAAAUCCAUCUAAAACGUUGCAGGUAAUUAUUUUUCAAGAAAGUUUGGAUUUUUAAGUUUUUGAA